GAUUAAACUCAGUUGUGCUCAAUUCUCCACAAAGUACUGAGAAAUUUAGUGUUACAAAAUUAAAUUUCCAAAUAAUUGAGCAUCACUGAGUGAUCCGGAUAAUUUCUCUGCGGGUACGCCGAAAACACCCAUUAUUAUAAUAUUAAAUAUACAUACAAAGUGCUUUUCUUCAUAUUUUCAGUAAAUAGAAAUAAAAUUAUUCUUUAACAAUGGAUAUAACCAACGCUAGUUUGGAAAUAGUUAGUGAAAGCUUCGAGGAGAAUAGCGAAGAGAAUGUAAGUGUAAUUUUGGAUGAGUCCCAAUUUAUAAAAUGUAAUGAUGAUGAUGAAACAAACGAGGAUUUACAGGAAUAUGGAACCGGCAUUUAUACAAGUGGCGAAAUCGUUGAUAUGGAGGAGGAAAAGGAAUUACUGCAAAUCGAUGGAAGUGAUCCCAACAGACCAAUUGAAGUAAUGGUGCCGAAUUCAAUUUUACAUCCCUAUCAAGUGAUGCACAGUCCUUAUGAUGGAAAAAUUUACGUUAUUACCGACAAUGACGAUACGUAUACAACGCAAACAAUUCGAAUUAAUUCCUCCGAGGAGCCAAUUUCGAAAAAGAGAGAUGACAAAAGAAGAACUACUCACAAUGAAGUUGAGAGAAGACGAAGAGAUAAAAUAAAUACAUGGAUAACAAUGUUGGGAAAACUUUUGCCGAAAUACAAAAAUAAUGACGUUGGCGACAGUAAAAAUAAUUUCGAAUCACAAAGUAAAGGAGGAAUUUUGUCGCGUGCUUGCGAUUAUAUAAGAGAACUUAAGGAAACAAAUAAAACUCUCGACAGGCGAGUUGUGGAGAAUAAGCAUCUUUUGCAAGAAGUGCAAAAUCUUCGUCAACUUAUUGCACAAUUGAAGAAGGAAAAUUCUUAUCUCAAGAGUAAAAUUUCCGAAAUUGAUGACAAAACGGGUACUUAAUGUUUAAAACAAAAAUUGUUUUUGUUAUUACUUUCACGAAUAUGAAAUUCAUAAGUUUUCAAACUUUCGUGUAUGUCCAUUUUUUUGAACGUUCAACUGAACAAAUUUCCCUUUCCGGUGAAAUUUAUAAUCAAGAAUUCAAAAAAAAAAUAAAACUAUUUUUCACGCAGAAAACGAAAUUUUUGAUUUAUGAGAAUUAUUUUUCAAACACUGUCUAAAAAAGUAAUUAAAAGUAAUUGCAAAAAGUUUUUUGUUUUCAAGACAAGUAUAAAGAAUUUACAUCAAAAAAUAUUUUUUCUUGUCAAUUAAAAUUAUUAAGAAAACUAAUAAUUCUAAACUUUAUCAAAGUGCGAAUAUUCUUAAAUUUUACCUUUUUGCUUUUUAAUUAUGUGAAAAAUUACCUUUUUGCAUUUUAUACGCAAAUUAUCUUUUUGCACUUUAAUUAUAUACGAAAAUUACAAUUUUUUGUACAAUACUUAAUUUUUUUCUCCGGUAAUUUUAAUUAAUUUUAUUAAUUUUAUUAAUUUAAUUAAUCGAAUUAAUCGAAUUUUUCACAACAUUGGAAGAAAAUAAUUUCGUUCACUUAAGCGUUCAAAAUUUCGAGUAUAUACUCUGUUUGUAUGAAUUAAAAAAAGUAUUGUGUUAAUUAGAAAUAAAUGUAUUUUAUAAUACAGAAACUUUAUCAUCGAUUCACUAAAAACAGUUUAUAACAAACAAACAAACAAAAAUAGUGAUAUCUAAAAAUAAAUUAAAAUCGUUCAAUUAAGAAGUUAAUAGAAUUAAUAACAGGUUAUAAAAUGUUACAGUUUUUAUUAUAUAUAAAUAUUUAGAAAAAAGGAACUAAAAUAGAAUUUGUAUUUUUAAAUUUAAACAAGUCAAUUUUUGAAAGAAUUAUAAUUAGAUAAUUUCGAGGCCUUAUUGUAAAUUUAAUCUUCUAUUUAGAUUCCAGUUUUUUUGCGCUAUUCUUUAAAAUUUUUUUUUGUUUACUUGAAUUAGAAAAUUAGAACAUUAGAAAAUUAUAGGAUUAAAUGAUUAAAGAUUUAGAAUUUGAGGAUUCAAAACGAAAGGAUAAGAAACAAUUUUCUUAUACAUUAUAAAAUGUUUAUUUACACAGAUUCAACUUAAUAUAUAGAUAUAUAUUUCUUCAUUAAUGAAAACAAUUUCAAUAAUUCUAGAACUCGAACUGUACAUAUUGUAAACAAAAUAAUUGUCUAUUAAAUCGAACGAAUUAAAUCGUUACAUUAGGCUCGAAUACGAGACACGUAAAAUGAAUUUUAAUUAUAAAUAUACAAAUAUAUAACAUAGGAAGGUUUUUUUUUUCUCUUUUUAGAAUGUUCCAUUCGCCUUCUGAUAUUUACAAACUGUAAAUUACAACUUUUAUUUACAAUGUUUAAUAAAACUUAUAGAAAUUCUGGAGAUAAAUCACUAAUUUUUUUUUAAAUAACUUAAAAUUGAUAAUAUUCAAUUCGUAACAGUUUGUCUCUCUCGGGCCUUUUUUUUGUUUGAAAAA